UUUUGUGUGCGAGAUAUUCGCAGCCACUGAAUUGCUAGCUGCUAGCUAGCCUGCUUCAGUCUCGGUCAGUGUGUUGGAGCUGCUGGAAAAUGUCAGAUUUUGACGAGUUUGAGAGACAGCUGACCGAAAACAAGCAAGCAGACAGAGACAAGGAGAACAAGCACCACAGUCGCAGUGGCUCAAGGAGUCGGAGCAGAGACCAGGACAGGAAAAGGAGGAGCCGGGACAGAGAAAGGAGAGGCAGCAGCCGUGAUCGGCAUGGAGACAGCAAGGACCGCAGACACAGACGCAGUCGCUCUCCACACCGUGAGAAGUUAAAGAUUAAAGUGAAGAAAUAUUGGGAUGUUCCUCCUCCUGGAUUUGAACACAUCACACCCAUGCAGUACAAAGCCAUGCAGGCUGCUGGUCAGAUCCCGGCCACUGCUCUGCUGCCUACAAUCACCCCUGAGGGUCUGGCUGUGACUCCAACACCUGUUCCUGUCGUGGGCAGUCAGAUGACUAGACAGGCCCGAAGGCUUUAUGUCGGCAACAUCCCAUUUGGCAUCACAGAAGAGUCUAUGAUGGACUUCUUCAAUGCUCAAAUGCGUUUAGGUGGCCUGACUCAGGCCCCAGGUAACCCAGUACUUGCUGUUCAGAUCAACCAGGACAAAAAUUUUGCCUUCUUGGAGUUCCGUUCGGUGGAUGAGACGACACAGGCCAUGGCAUUUGAUGGCAUCAUUUUCCAGGGACAGAGUUUAAAGAUUCGCCGACCACACGAUUACCAGCCUCUGCCAGGCAUGAGUGAAAAUCCCAGUGUCUAUGUCCCAGGCACGUCUCUCUUUUGCUCCCCCAAUUCUUGCGUCGUCUCCACGGUGGUGCCUGACUCGGCCCAUAAACUCUUCAUCGGCGGUCUGCCAAAUUACCUCAACGAUGACCAGGUCAAGGAAUUGCUGACGUCAUUUGGCCCUCUGAAGGCCUUUAAUUUGGUGAAAGACAGUGCAACAGGCCUCUCUAAGGGCUAUGCUUUCUGUGAAUAUGUUGACGUCAAUAUCAGUGACCAGCACACUUCACAGGCCAUCGCUGGACUAAACGGGAUGCAGCUGGGGGACAAGAAGCUCCUGGUCCAGAGAGCAAGCGUCGGCUCCAAGAACACCACACUGACGGGUAUAAACCAAACUCCAGUUACCCUUCAAGUCCCAGGUCUAAUAAACAGCUCGAUGACUCAGAUGGGUGGCAUUCCCACAGAAGUAUUGUGUCUGAUGAACAUGGUGGCUCCAGAGGAGCUGCUGGAUGAUGAAGAGUAUGAGGAGAUUGUGGAAGACGUCAAAGAAGAGUGCUCCAAAUACGGCCAGGUCAAGAGCAUUGAGAUCCCACGUCCUGUCGACGGCGUGGAAGUUCCCGGCACUGGAAAGAUUUUCGUGGAGUUUAUGUCAGUGUUUGACUCCCAGAAGGCAAUGCAGGGCUUAACAGGAAGGAAAUUCGCCAACAGAGUUGUGGUGACUAAAUACUGCGACCCUGAUGCCUACCACCGCCGCGACUUCUGGUAGAGAUGGGACAGAAUCCAGAGUGAGAGAGACUCGGAGAGAUGCAGAUGACUGGUCAGAUAGGAGUGAGAGGAGGAUGUAAAGGAGCAAGUGAGGGAAGAGAAACAAUGACAACUACAAAAAUGAAUGUUACAUUCAAACAAGAAGGUGAGAGUGGGUAUUUAAGGAGAGAACUCUUUGUUAUUUGGAUAUGGUUUUUAUUUAGGCUGUGAAUAAGGUUUCCUGUGUAAAAGUGUAGAGUUCAAAAAGCCAGAGGACUUUCCGGGUCGUCUUGACACCAUACAUGUAUGAGGUAAAGCCGCCAUCUUGAAGAGGGUGAAUAUUACCAAUUACAUCUACACUGUCUUCUAUUUUCCCCCUCCUCCUCUGUUUUUUUCCUGCUAUCUCUCCCUCCUUUUAAAAUAGUUGUACUGUUUCUUGUCAACCCUAUUUUCCUGUCCCGUCCUAACCAAAUUUAUGCACAGUGAAAAAGAUACUCGUCUCAUUUCUGUUUUUUUCUUUCUUGGUUCUUUUUCUUUUUAUACAUUCUGUAUCUAACUGUCCACUGCUGUUUUUUAAAACUGUAAUAAGCUGAGUUGAUUUAAUACAGUGCGUUUAUGUAAUGAGGACCAGAGAAACUUCUGGUGAAAUAAACUCAAUGCGUUUGAA